AUGGAAAUGCUGCAGAUUAUUCCGUAAGGGGUACUCAACAGAUGCAGAGCAACCGGGAAGCUGGGAGUGAAUCCUGUGGCCUGUAACAUCUGCUGUCUGCACAAAAAACACACCCCCUGCUCAUCCAGAGAAAUGUCGGAUCAGCAGCUUCUCUGUAGAGACUCAGUGACACCCAGUGGCUGCUUUGGUUGAAGCUCUCUAUAUUUAUAUCUGACACCCACAAUUAUAUUGGAUAAGAACAUGGCAGAGAGAAGCUCUCCUGCUGGUGAGAUCAGGCUCAGCCUCACCAUUAGCUACAGCAACAACCCCCAACCUGAUUCCCCCUCCAUUAUACAACUCCCACUAGCCAUAGCCAGCAUGGUCCACGGUCAGGGAUGAUGGGAACUGUAGUCCAACAAACAUCUAGAACUCCGGGUUGGGUUAAGUCCGAGCUGGAGUGAUAGCGGCUGCCUCAGCUUGCUGUUUUCAGGUGCCUUUAAAGGUUACUUCAUAUAUUAUGACGUUGUUGCUCUUUAAUCAUAGGGAGGCGGGAAAGUAUCGGAAUGAUCUGCCCAAUGGCUUUGGCUAGCCUUGGCUGGAGCCUUCUCCAUUGCAGAACCUGGUGUUGCCCAUGGCAACCCAUUUGACUUUGUAGGCCCAGGCUUAAGCAUAAUAAGCAAAUAGUUCCCCUGGGAAAGGGCAGGCCCAAUACAUUUUGGCACCUGAGGCAAACCACAAAAUGGUUCUCCCCCCCCCAAAUCAGGGAAGAAGGGGGCGAGUGAAGAUUUACUUCAGGAACAAGGAAGGAUAACAGGUCUACAUUGGGAACGGGGGUGUGUGGGUGUGUGUCAACUUUUCCCUUUUCUUGCGAUGAAUCCUAUUCGGAAUAAGGGAAUUUCCCUUUAAAAAAGGGAAACAUUGACAGCUUUGAAUCCAGCCUCUGAGGAGUAUGUCACAGCUUUUGCUGCUGCUGUGCCACUGGUGGAAGAAGCAGACGAUGCAUUCCUGGAAGACUGCUUCUGCUGCCCCUGUGGAUCCUGCUGCCUGAGGCGGUUGGUCACCUCACCUUGUCUCAUCUUAGGCUGGUCCUGCCUGGGCAGCAGCUGGCUCCCUAGCACCCAAGCAAGGGCCACAGGUAUACUGAUGCCUGUCCUACCCUGCCAUGCUGGGUAGCUGAGUGGGCUUAGGACCAACCCACCAUUUUUAUUUCCCACAAAACUACAAAGGACAUUCUUCUCCUUGAUACUAGGGUGGAACUGCAUGUUAUGAGACAAGCACAGAUUUACUGCAACACAAGCAGCUGUCAAAGAUGAAGGCUAGCUGGAUAGGAGACGCAAGACAAACUUUAUAGCACACACAACUCUGCUCUCUGGCAUUUUCCCACCGCUCUCUGCCUUCCAGUACCUGUCACUGAGGUGACCACCUCACACAUGAUGUAACUAUAUCCCUUCCACUGAUUCUCUCCUGUCAAGGCCUUCUGCCCUGGCAUUCAUGCCAUCUCCACAAAUGCAGGUUUGGGAGCAGGCAUUUACUGAGGUGACAUCGAGUUCUGUCCAUAUUCUCAUCCUUUCUAUGCCAAGAUAAAGCUAAAAUAGUUAACUAAUCUGCACUAACUGGUUUUAAGAGUAUGAUUUUAUGGAGUGCCUUCAAGUGCAGCGGCAAUUCCAAUCUGUACAAGUGAUUGUGGGACCAUAAUCCAUUAGUAAUGCCAAGUACCUCUUUUGAAAACUAGACGGAUCCAGCCAGUUUCUGAACCUGAAAAAGCAUAAUCAAGCGAAGUUCUGAAUGUGCAAACCAUGUUUCGUUGUUCUAUCUUAUUUUUCUAGGGAAAUAUUAAGUUUCACAGGGGGUACACAAGUCAGUGAGCCGAGUGACAACAAGUGAGCAGGCUGUGCUCAUAUUAAAACUUUAAAUGAAAACCCCUAUCUACAACAUGCAUGCCAACAUUCAUGGCUGCCUUGAAGGUCAAGGGACAUGUCACAUUGCCACUAACAAAUAACUGAGCAAUCAGCGCUCAGCCAACAGAUGAGGUUUUGUGAACAACCACCUAGACAUUUUAGUGAAACACAAAGGAGCAAUUGCGGUGUUGUUCAAGAGAGCACGGUUAGUUGACUUAUCCCACCUGCCCAAUCUGUCUGAUGUCGGCAGCAUCUAUGUGUCUGCAGUAGUUUCAGCAACUCAAUUUUAUACCACUAAUGGGAACAUAGUUAAGGUUUGGAGGCUUAAUUAUCAUCUGGAACCACAGUAAGAGCUGAGAGCUCGCCUGAAGUCAUGAUACAGGCGAGUGCACUGGAGUGAAGAAACUCAGGCACCACUAGGUGUGAGUCAGGAUGCAGGGAAGCACAGUCACAUAUCCCUGAAGGAAACUGCCCAAAGCUGCUUUUCACACUGGCCAGCUUACGCCUGACAGAAACCUCAAAUCAGCCCUCAGUGCUUAACCAGAAGUAAAUUCUCUCUCUACAGCUAAGAAUAAUCCUCGGAUAGUGCCACAUUCUCUCUGUGUUCUUUCCCGCAUCCGAUUGUCGGUGCCAGAUUGUUUCUGUGGAAGAAAAAAAAUCUCUCCGAACUGCUGUUUCCGUUUCUGAUUGCCUUCUCCGCCUGCUGUUGAUGCCACACUGGCUGUUCACAAAGGGAAUCCCUUGAGACCUAACUCUUGGUGACUGAAUGUGCCCACGCUUAAUCCUUUCACAAACCUGUCACUCACUGCUGGAUUAUCCGUGCCCAGGGGAAAUCCUUUCAAAGGCCCUGCCUGUUGCUUGAUUGCCUUCAAGGAAAACCCUAUCAAACCUCCUGCCUGGUACCAGGCUGGGCCCCAAAGAAGCCCUCUCAAACCUGAAACUGGGCAUCCUGCUGCCAAAAGAGAAAAUCCACUGCUUAUCUUGUUUAGCACUGACCUCUCACUGGAGGCUUAAGCCUGUACAAAAAAGAAAUGUUGGGGUCAGCUCUUUGCUGCCACAGGGUGAGUUUUGGACUGACUUCUUUGGGAUUCUGCAACCUGUAUUAAUUAUGUAAACAAUAGCAGAUCAGUCUCUCAGAAUGCUAUGAGUCUGCAUAAUACCAAUUUCUUUGCUUCUGCAGUGUGAUCACAGAUACACACAGCCCUGUACAAUACUAUGUAAACCAGGGGCAAGCAGAAGGCACAUUUCUAGAUUAUUUGCAAGGGUUUUUGACUCCUGCAUAUUUAACAAUGGCAAAAACAAAACAACUUCCUUUUUCUCCAAAUUGGGCCGCUUUGAAUUCCUGGUUCAUAGUAACCCAGAUGUAAAUACUGUAUGUACUUAAACAUGCUGUUCAUUCUCCAAUGUAUGGCAUAGAAUUGGUUUCACACCCCCCCCCCAAACCACCAUUUUGCAUCUAGCUCCAGCAGGACAUCAGGUUCUAGUAAAAAUCAACAACUGUAGAUCCUGCAAGCCUCGAAGUUGUGUAUGCCUGCAGCUUCUGCUUCUGUAAGAUCCAAGAAGACUUGAGAUUGAUGUCCUGGGGAACUCUGGAACUGUUAACCUAGUAAGGACACAGGGAGUUGUCUGUUUGGUAAAGCUUUUACUAGGCUGGUCAAUGCAUCAAAAUAACUAGCAACUUGUGUUGACUUUACAUCAUUACCAUAUCCUGUGAGCCUGGCAUUUACAUGUCUAUAGUUGCAUGUACAAGAACUUGCUUACCACUAAGAAUUUGGGAAACUGAAGCAGCCAUUAGUUGUACUAGAUCCGUCUAUUUUAUUUAUGCAAAUGUGCUCACUCUACAUGGCACUUCAGAGUACUGUACAUGAAGAAGGAAGAAUAGGAAAGAGGGAGAAGGAAGUGCUCCAAGUAUCUUAAGAGUCUAAUACUUUCUCCACAUUUGAGCAUUAUUUAGCUGUUAAUCUGCUGUUCCCCCAUUCAAAUUAAUAGCUCAUAUCUGCAUGUAUGUGAAUUUGUAUAUGAGGAGUACCUUUGAUCUUUCCUGUUCAUACUGGUGGUUUGUCCCUGUCUUCAGAAUUGUCGCUUCUAUCAAGGAAGUGCUGUCAGGGAAUGUGCACAAGUACCUGCACCAGCACUUUGCGUUUUUUUCUGCCCAGGAAGUGUGCAAAAGCACAUGGCCAGGCAAUUGUAAAUUCUCAGCAGUUUUCUUGUUUUGUGCAAAUCUGAGGGACCACAAUAAAAAAAAAGGCUGCAUAUCUCUGGUUCAAAAGUGUGCUGGAGAAAGGAAAUGAAAAUGAUUGUAAAUUCUCCAUGCACACAUUUUUCAGAUUGUUGCUCAAUAUCUGGUGUAGAAGUUUUUUAUGUGGUUUGCUAAUGCAGUUUUCUGGUUUUGUGCAAAUCUGAGGGAUCAAAGGAAAAACUUAUGUCACUCACAGUAUCUUCCAGGAAAUAAAAAAUGAAUUCCAACUUGCCAGAAGCCAUUUUGCAGAAUUUUCCAAAAGACCCACAGAAACAGUUUCUUAAUUACAAAAUAAUGUUUGUGUAUCAGAGACCUAAUGUUUUAACUUUGCUACCUUAUUUUUGCAACCCGAAUAUAUCGCUUAUGUCAUUUCAGUUUUCUGUAACGGGGGAGUUUUGAUACUGAAACGGCACUGUUUUAUUUAGCUUUGUAUUACAUUGUUGGCAUUCCUUUGAUUUUCUUGUUUGUUUUUGCAUUUAAUUUUUGAGAUGAAAGAAAAAAGCUGGAUAGGGAGUUUAAGAAAAUUAAAGGAACCCAUGUAAUAGUUUCACUCUGGAACAGAAUUAUAUAUUUGGACCACUGGUGCCUUCUAGUUGGUCUGCAACACGAUCUGGCAGUGCUCACAUCCUGUUAAUAGCCAUUCUAUGCUUGUGCGUGCUCGUGCUGUUUUAUACCAAGUCAACCACUGCUCUAUCUAGCUCAGUAUUGUCUACACAGACUGGCAGCAGUUCUCCCGGGUUUUAGAUAAUUAGUCUUUCCCAGCCCCGCCUGGAGAUGCGGGGAAUUAAACCUGCGACCUUUUGCAUGCUCUGCCAGUUAAUGUCCCUUCCCUGCACCAGGGGCUAAGUGUACUUUUGCACCCAGGGCUCGGUGCAUUCCGCAACAGCAGGGUCCAGUCAAGGGAAACGGGAGUUGGGGCACCUUUUGCGGCUUUGUUGUUUGCAUACGAAGCGAGUUUUCUGGCUGCAAAGCGUUCAGCAAGCAGCCGGUGAAAUGUCACAAGCCAGUAACACAGGGAGUCUGCAUAGUGCGUUUGGGGUUCCUUUGUGCUCCUCCUAGCGAUUAGCAGGUCCAGAAUUGUGAGAAACGCAUCCCUUUAAUUCGCCUAAUUUACACUGCUUUCAGAAUUCAGCCGGGGAAGAAUUCCAAUUUGCUCGGUGCAGAAUCGGGGGAGAUUAAGCGCGCUGUGUACGUUUGUGUGAAUGAGGCUGGGAGUGCAAGGCUCCGUCUCUGCGCGAGAAAAGACCGCUAAUGGAUAGGGGAGCAUCGGAGGGCAUGCACGGGCGCACCAUCCAUGGCCGCCCUGCGCUGCCUUGUGCUCUGACUUGCUUUUGCAAGCGCGAUCUGCAAAAACCAGCGCACGCGGCAGCACCCCACCUCCGCGGGGGUGGCCCGUUAGUCUCCCCCCACUUUCCAGAACGGCCUCACAGCGAGGCAAGCCCUCGAUUAGCACGGAUUAAUCACUCCCCCGCUCUUUCUCCUCCUCUCCCUCCCCCAGGCGGGAGUGGCCAUUCAGCCAACCUGCCGCCUGACUAACUCACUUUAAUUCACUGCCUGCUCUCGCUCGCCUCCAAAUCGAUACAGAGGCUCGCUUAAUCCCAGCCGCGCUCGCAGCCUGAGCUGAGCACAGUUGGCGCUUGCCAGACUGCAGCAGCGGCAGCAGCGACCGCGCGGCUCUCCCAGCUUUUGCCCGGGACUUUUUUUUUCCACCUCCCCUUUCUGUUUUAAAGAAAAGCAUUCGCGAUCCACCGAGGCGGAGAGAAGGCGAAAGCCGACCGGCAGCCCCAGCCUGCACAAGCCGAGCAAAGUCCCGCUUCCCUAGGAGAGGGGUGGGUCGGGGGUGCUUGCAUUUUACGCACACACACACACACCCUGAAUCGCACCCUCCAGGCAACUGGGUGGCAGAAUCGCUCUCCUCUUCCUGGACUUGGAAACCUCGAGCUGCCUCCGGUCUGAGGGAUCCGCUUUUUGACCUUCGCAGAGAGAGAGAGAGAGGCUGCCCGGGGUUGCAUCGCGGGGGAUGCCGUUGCGGGGCUCGGGGCCUGCAGGGCUCCGGGCCGAGGGCUGCUCGUCCCUUAUGCCGACGAGGAAGCUGCUGUCGGGGGAAGGAGCGCGGCGGAGAGGCAGGGCGAGCCCAGCGGCGCAGCGCGCUCCGGGGAUCGGGCUGCGCUAAAGCUGCCGGGCGGGCGGGCGCGGGACCCAGGGAGCUGGAGCUCGGAGGAGCAGCAGCAGGCGGAGGAGGGACAACUUGGGUCUCCGAGCCACGGCGAUGGCCACGGCGGCGCCCUCUGGCAGGAGUCCGCCUGUGGAGUUGCCGUGAUGUUUGGCGGGGCUGCCGGGAGAGGCGGGCGGCGGCGGCGAAGCGGCCAGGAUCCGGUUCCCGGAGUGUGAGCGGCGGAGCUCGCUCGGAAUCCACGCGCGGAACUUGCCGGGCGCUCAUUGGCUCCGGGAGGUUGCUGUUCUCCCACGAAUCUCGCUCUCGCGCUCCAAGCCGGCGGAUCGGCGGACCAGAUCGGAUCAGGCUUCUUCAGGGAACCAUCCCCUCCUGUGUCCCAGGGCUUCCAAGAACGGCACUAGGUAAAAUAAUAAUAAUAGCAAUAGUAGCAGUUCUUCAAACAAGGUCCUUAUUAAAUGAGAUUUGUUUUGCUUUUUCUAAAAAGGAAAAGCUCUCGGAUUUAUUUGGAAAGUGCCCAGAAGCUUUGCUCAGGCAGGCAGAUCAAAUCAAAUCCCCGAUACUGUACUGCGGUGAUGGGUUCAUUGUGAACCGUAUGGUGGAAGUCUGGAUAUUGGGCAUAUAAGGCAUUCACACGUGAUUGCUAGUAACUCCAGGCGAUUUUUUGUGACCGUGUAAAACUCAAGAUACUUCUGAGUGUUGGCAGGCACGGGAAUGUGAUUUUCAGCUUUCAGCUGUGAAAGGGGGAGGAACUCUGUGUGUAUGUCCUCCUCCUUUCACAAAAUUAAAUUAGGAUUGUUCAUAGCCACCAGAUUUUGAAUAUCAAAUCUGCUAUUUGGAAUCAAACGAUAUGUGACUUGGGAAUUCUGUGGUUUAACUUUUUUUUUGAAGAAGCAUACUGAGGAUGGGUGGGUAGCUAGUGUGGAUUGCCCCUGCUCUACAACUAAAAGGGCUUAGAGCCCCCAUUCUGUCUGUUGACCAGAGCAAGAUUGGUUCUCCCACCCUAUGUUGGCUUUUCAAAACAUAAAGACCCAGCAGUUCCGGUGCACCGAAUUCACACACAGUUUGACCCUAAUAUUACUAUCUAGGCAGGCAGCUCCCUUUUUUUCUCUUCGUCUGUUUCUCUCACUCAAACACAUGUGUUUGAUAAGCUGUGCAGGGAAGGGUAGGCUGUGUCGGAAUGUAGGAAACAAACCGCCAUGUACAGAGCAAGACCAUUGGCCUUUUGAGCUCAGUAUUGUAUACACUGACUGGCAGCAGCAGUCUAGGAUUUCAGACCUAGGUCUUUCCCCUGGAAAUGUUGUGGAUUAAACCCGAAACCCUCUGCAUGCAAAGCAGAUGCUGUACCACUGAGCCUCCUUACGAUGCUCCUCAAACUGCUGCCGAGUGGUUUUUGGCUGCUUAUGGAGGAAUUGAGAAGUCAAAGUUGCCUUGCCUCUGAUUCACAUGACCGCUUGAGCUUCUGGCCAGCAGGGUUCUCUGUCUACGUUAUGACUUCCUCCUCGUCAAACUGGACAGGUGACCGUUUCAAUGCCAUGUGCUGGGCUGAUCUCCCUUUCCACGCUUCCUUCACAGCUGCUCAAACCCCUGCAAUUGUGAUCAAAGUCCCACGUUCAGCAAGGGACAAAGGGUGCAAAGAAUGGAGUGAAAGCGUUCCAGCGAGAGAGGAAUGGAUGGACAGACGGAUACUUCCAGCUUUUGAAAGCGGUUGUGGUUCAGUGAAUGGAAGGGUGCAGAAUCUCCUUUCUGGAUUUUAGGAUGUAGCUGCUUUGUCUCCAUUAGAUGACUUUUGAACUUUGCCAUUUGCCCCAAGUUAGAUCAAAUACCUCUGGCAUGGAGGAAGAAGCCCUUUAACCAGGCCAACGUACAAGGCAGGAAGACCAGAGGCGUGUGAACGCACGAGAAUUGGGGAAGGGGCUCUUAGAUACAGACAGAGAGAAAUGUAGUAUGUUUGGCUUGAGACAUUGCUGCUGUGUUGAAACCUUCCUUCUCAGGGGCCAUCUCCUUGAAAUUGCUAAAGCUUCACCAUCCAUGACCCUGCUUGCAAUUGUGAAAAGCUCUUUCCAAACAGGUGUGUCUUGUGUCAAACUCGCUCAGUUAUUGGGGUUGUGUUUCUUGACACUGGACAGACACAUAUCACUCUGAGGAACGGAGAGGUGUCUCUUCCAGGGCUGCACGAUAAGCUGCUAAGUGGGGACCCAGCCCAUAAUUUUCUGAGCACCUCCCUAAGGGAGAACACCUAUCUUAUCCCAUGGGUAGGCAAACUAAGGCCUGGGGGCCAGAUCUGGUCCAAUUGCCUUCUAAAUCCGGCCCAUGGACGGUCCAGGAAUCAGCAUGUUUUUACAUGAGUAGAAUGUGUCCUUUUAUUUAAAACGCAUCUCUGGGUUAUUUGUGGGGCCUGCCUGGUGUUUUUACAUUAGUAGAAUGUGUGCUCUUAUUUAAAAUGCAUCUCUGAGUUAUUUGUGGGGCAUAGGAAUUCGGUGAUUUUAUUUUAUUUUUUCAAAAUAUAGUCCGGCUUCCCACAAGGUCUGAGGGACAGUGGACCGGCCCCCUGCUGAAAAAGUUUGCUGACUGCUGACCUAUCCUAAGGGAAGGAGAGGAGAAGCUACAGUGUCUCCAAAUAGGCCAAUUUCAGGUGGGGGGUUAGCAGGAGGUGUGUCUGAAGGACAGGUGUAGCAGUGCCUUAAUGGUGAACCUCUGAUUUCCCAAGAGUUGCCCUAGCCUAGAGCCUUCUAUUUGCCGUGGGAAUCAACUACCCAAGGGUGAGUUUCCUCUACCCACUUGGGUGUGUUGCCAAGUGGGAUUCAUCUUGCAGUUAGGGCCAUCGCUGAUCAAGUGGUGGUUAAUUAAUUAAUUAUUUGUAGCGUUCGUACCCCACUCCUCAGCCGAAAAAGGGCUUCUGGGGUGGCUUACGUACAAUAAAUUAAAACACGAGAGUCCCUUGCCCUGAGGGCUUGCAAUCUUAAAAAGAAAACAUGACUCAUAAGGGGAAAGGGAAGGGGAAGGAAGUGGGGGAAAAUUGCCAGUCCUUAAAAACAGAUCUUAUAAUGGCCUCUGGUAGAGUUCAGGGGUAGGAGGUGACGAAUGAAGCUGGUCUUGAUGGAAUGAGCCCUAUUUCCUAUCUCUCCUGCUGAGACCGUCUGCUGGAAUGGCAAGGUUGCUGCUAGGAAGGUAGGAAGCUCAAUUUGUGAUGGAGUUGGUUGCGUGAGUCGGAGCCAACAUAGUCAGUGUCUCUCGUUUCCCACAUGGAGAGGCACCUGCCAGGUAAGAACAAGGUUAUCAGGAGUGGGGGAUUGCAAUUCAAAUACUCCUCUGAGCAGCAUCUGUUGAAGGAAACCCAUUUGGCCAUCCCUGUAGGGAUGGAGAAACAGUCGCUCUUACACUGUCUGGGGGCAUGUCAGACUAGGUGAUAUCCAUGGGUCCCUGUCCAGUGUUAGAAACUCAGAUAUAUAAGCUGGGAGCCAAAUGGCUCCUUGAACUAGGGCUACAGUCGCCAAAAUGGAAUGUCUUGUUGCCAUUUCAGGGCCAGGCGGCUCAAAAGUCAUAUUUUUCAAUACAGCUUUUUGGUUCCUGAAUCCAUUCUGACGGUUCAGAUACAGUGGUACCUCAGGUUAAGAACUUAAUUUGUUCUGGAGGUCUGUUCUUAACCUGAAACUGUUCUUAACCUGAAGCACCACUUUAGCUAAUGGGGCCUCUUGCUGCCGCUGCGUCGCCGCUGCACAAUUUCUGUUCUUAUCCUGAGGCAAAGUUCUUAACCCAAGGUAAUAUUUCUGGGUUAGAGUCUGUAACCUGAAGCGUAUGUAACCUGAAGCGUAUGUAACCCGAGAUACCACUGUAAAAUAUCACAGAUAAAUUCUACAGUAUGUGUUGUUAGUGUGUGAAAACAGGCAAGAUCCACGGAUCCCCAGGCAUGCUCCUCCAGAUGGUGGAGAUGUCGGGCACCAUCCUGGCGCCUGGGGAAUCUUCACCUGGUCACAGGUGGCCAAUUCCCACAUGCAAAAUGCGCCUUGCAAAUUUCGAACACUGGUCCCUUCCAAACCUGUGAUCCUGUGUGUAUGAGAAUUGGAUCUAUAAGAGGAAACCAGCUAGACCAGUUCCUUUUGCUAGCCGGCCAGUUAAGUCCUGCCAUUUACAUUACAGAGAGGCUGCCCUGUUGCCAUAGAGACAAAUGGGGGUAACCCUCUUCACCUGGUUGGAAGGGACAUCACCUCCUAAGGUAGAAGAACAAUAGCCAGAAUGUUGUGCACUGAGUUUGGCUGGUGCUGGAAGCUGGAGAGACACAGGCAUGUCUGCUCUGGGGUAGACCAAAAGCUGUGACUUCAGGCUUCUUUGAAAACCUAAUGGGGGAGCCGGAUCUGUUUGGGUGCAAAUGCUUUGCACCCCUCCAUUCUCUGCUCAGGUUCUAUAUACAGUGGUACCUUGGUUCAUGAACAAUUUAGUUGACGAACAAUGGGCUCCCGAACGCCGCAAACCUGGAAGUAAGUGUUCCGGUUUGCGAACGUUUUUCGGAAGCCAAACAUCUGUUUUGGCCGUUGGCAUUGUUUCCGGGGCCAAUCAGAACCUGUUCCUUGGUUUGCGAACGUUUUGGAAGUUGAACGGACUUCCAGAACGGAUUGAGUUCGAGGACCAAGGUACCACUGUACGGGUAAAUAAAAGCAUAUAUCCUAAAGACACCACAGUUUCCACUGACCUUCAGUCCAAGCAAGCUGAACCCUGGGUCAGCGUGGGCAUCCUCAGAGUCUCUCGCCAUUUAGAGACUUGGAUACACACAACAAUAUGUUGUUGGAUUGCAUUUCCCGCCGUUACUGACCAUCGGCCGUGGCUGAUGGGUGUUGGGGUCCAAUAACAUUGGGGGGGGGCAUAGGUUCCCCAUCCCUGCUGCCCAGGAAGGAUUGGAAAUUUGCCUCCAGAAUACUUAACCCGUGGUAGAUGUACUCUUGAAUUGCUUUCUAAAAGUCUCAACCUGAUCUGCAGAUGUGCACGUUAACCCAAAUAACUUUGCCAAUAAAAGUGGUUGAUUCUAACUUGCCCUGAGCAAACCGCACAUUAAUAGGGAUCAACUCUAAAGGUCGGGCUGUGGUUUCAAAUAUGAAAAUAGACCCCAAAAUAGAAGUCACGUUUAAAGUAUCAAUUGAAUUUCCCUCCCUGUUCGUUGCCCGUAAUAAAAUCUUCCACUCACUUCUCACCCCCGUUCAUUAAGUGUGAGUGAUGCCUCUUUAAUAAAUUAGGACAGGCUACUUGAUGCGCUGUCAUAUGGCGAUAUGAAGGCAUGAAGUGAGUGGCAGCAACUCAGAUUCAUCAGUGACAAGCAAUAUGUGAUGGGUGUGUGUCUGGAAUGGGGUGGGAUAUUCCCCCCCCCCCCGCAUUUCCAGCCCGUGAGAAGCAGUCCAUCUUGGGAUGCAGUGGUGUCCCACACAUUCUUAACCUAACAAGUAUGAAAAAUAUACCUGCAACAUACAACACAGAGAUAGAAAAAGGACAUAUAAAAAAUUGUGUGGUGUGCAUUGCGGUAGCCAAAUGACGGCCAUUUUGGGCACAACUUCUCAAUUUACUUGCUUAUCUUUCCUUAACCUAGACAGCAUCUUAAAAAGCAGAGACAUCACCUUGCCAACAAAGGUCCAUAUAGUUAAAGCUAUGGUUUUCCCAGUAGUGAUGUAUGGAAGUGAGAGCUGGACCAUAAAGAAGGCUGAUCGCUGAAGAAUUGAUACUUUUGAAUUAUGGUGCUGGAGGAGACUCUUGAGAGUCCCAUGGACUGCAAGAAGAUCAAACCUCUCCAUUCUGAAGGAAAUCAGCCCUGAGUGCUCACUGGAAGGACAGAUCCUGAAGCUGAGGCUCCAAUACUUUGGCCACCUCAUGAGAAGACUCUCUGGAAAAGACCCUGAUGUUGGGAAAGAUGGAGGGCACAAGGAGAAGGGGACGGCAGAGGACGAGGUGGUUGAACAGUGUUCUCGAAGCUACCAGCAUGAGUUUGACCAAACUGCGGGAGGCAGUGGAAGACAGGAGUGCCUGGUGUGCUCUGGUCCAUGGGGUCACGAAGAGUCAGACACGACUAAACAACAACAAUCUUUCCUUAGGGCUGGGCAUAGGAGCCAACUCUUAGGGACUGUGGGGGCUUCAGCCCCCACAAUAAAAUAUUUGAGGGGGCUGGGCUCCCACAAAGUUGACGGGCAUUCAAAUGGCGUGUGUGCACUGCAUCAUGUGUUCGAUUAUGUGGGGCAGGGCUUACCUGGGACCCCACAAUAUUUUGGCACCCCUGGGACUGGGGAACCUUUGUGCCCCUUCCAGUGUUGCUGAGCUACAGCUCCCAUCAGCCUUAGCAAGUGUAGCCAGUGGGCAGGGAUGAUGGGAGUUGUGGUUCAGCAACAUGGUUGGGGAGGUUCAUCACACCUGCCUUAGGUUGAGCAAUGCAGACAAUCCGAUAUUGGAUUCAAAGCACUUAAAAUACAUGAUGCUCUGUAUCUUAGAUCAAGCUGCUCCGUCCUGCCUGACAGCCGCCCAGAUAAGUUCCUGGAGUCUGAAGACUGAUGGCUCCAAUCAGAUUUGUUUAUCUCAGAAGCCAGGAGUGAGGAACCUUUUUUUUUAUCUGGAGGGACGCAUUCCCUAUCUGGAGGGACGCAUUCCCUAGUGGUCAACGUUGCGUGCCAGCAGUUGGCAGGGUGGGACAGAGCUAAAAGCAGGUGUGCAAAUAGUUGUGACUCUCACCUCUCAUACAGUAGGCAACAUUCCAUCCGUGUAAAAAUUCAGAGUUUCCCACACCUACUCUAAUCUUUCCAUCAAACAUACAGGCAGGCGAGAGGGAUUAUCACAUAUUCCAGUCAGGCAGAAGCACGCGAGGAGGGCACUGAGCAAAGACCAGGGAGGUUGUGUGACCUAGUUAAAGCCUCAAGGGCCUAAUAAAGAGGCUUGCAGCACCACAUUUGACUCCCAGGCUUAAGAUUCCUCACCCCUGGCAGAAAACACUUUUUGCAAAAUUGUAAAGGUUAACCCAAAGGCUUCUUGAAUUUCUAAAUCGCAUGAUUUCAUGACGCUGUUUCCAUCUCUAUCAGCAGAGGCUGUUUCUUUCUCUCUCUGUAAUGCAGCCUAAUUCUUGCUAGCUGUAACUUUUUCCUCCUUGCCAAAGACCCUUUCCUUACGACACACUUCGCUCUUUAGGCACCAUGUGCGUUGGGUCAGCGGUGGGCAGACUUCAUGCUCGCAGGGUCUACUUUGUUUACUAGACCCCCAAAAUCCAAAGCACACAAUUAAAGAAUUUGGAUUCGGGGUAUUUUGGUCCGAGUUGCAGAACUGAAUGGAGCUUACUGUCUUCCCUACACUUACUCCAAGGUCUCUUCAUCUCAGCAAUAUAACUAGGAUGUGGGGAAAGGAAUCAUUUGUUGUUGUUGCCAUGGUUAAAAUAUUAAAAAAUUAAAAACAGUGAAUGAUACCCAAUGUAGAGUAGACACAUUGGCAUCAGUGACCAUAACUCCAUUUAUUUCAAUGGGUCUGCUCCGAAUAGGAUAGCCUUGGUUAUCACUCGACCAGCCCCGUUCCUGAUGUUUUCUUACACGCCUUGAAUAUUUUUUCCUUCUUUUAGGAACAUUCCUGGGUUUUUUGUUUGGGAAUUCAUAAAUUCAUGCUUUAUUGUGGACUGUCUUCUUAGGAUAUUCUUUAGGAGAGGAGAGGUUGGAAACUGGAUUAAAUAAGUAGGUGGUGCAUCGGUGUCGCCUCUGUUUCACUCCUGUUUGUGUCGAUCAUCUGUCUUUACCUGCCUGCAGCAUGUGAAGGUAGCUACCAUUAGCCCAGUAUUGAUUAGUCUAUACCUGUCCUCCUGUGUUGCGGUCCAACUAGGGCUAGGUCUGGGCACGAGAAGCAUAUUGGCUCAACUAGAUGAGAGCCUAGAGCCUGUGACAGCUAUUUUAUUGCUUGCUACUUAAUGUUGUGGCACUACUUAAUACGUUGCUCUUAAAAACCAGUUAAACCUGGAAGAGGCAUAAAUUCUGCACAGAGCGAUCUAUACUAAUAUUGCUCUUCGUUAGGGCUCCUGGCAACUUUAUCAAUGGAUAUAUAUAUACAAGCGGCAGGGAGGAUCAAACACAGCAAAGAGGGGAGACCAAGCAAAGGGAACAUGCACACAAGCUUGCACGUUUCUGCACACACACACACCCGCACAAAAGUGCUGCGUGUGGUGGAAAAAUAUCUCAUUUCAAGCAGCCUGAAAGUGUUCUGGUCUCUGCCUUCCAUGCCUCAUUUGGGAUUUUUUUCUCCGCAGAUCUGUUAUCUGCAUUGAUUCCGACUCCUGAUUGUUUGCUGUGUUAUUUUCUGCUCUUGUCUCUAAUCUUCGUAGUUUCUUUUGUUGCGUUUUGCUUGUCUUCGCUGGAACUUGCAUCUCUCCACAUCUGCAGUUGUGAAUGCCAUUAGCUGUCUUCUCAAGUACAUCACUGAACAAAUCCCUGAUUCCCCUGUCAAAGCCAUCCUCGCAGUUGCUGCCCUUUGUAACUUAAGAGUCUUCAGAGCUUGCACAGUGCAGCAACUAACAACCUGAUCCUAUUAUUUGCUCAGGAUUGAAUCUCACCCUCUUUCAUAGAGCUUACUCCCAAAUAACUGAGCAUGGAUUCGUACUACAGAAGACUGUUCAAAUCUCACCUCUGCCGUGAGCUCAGAAGGUGGUCUUAAGCUACCCAUUAUCUCUGGGCCACAACGUUACUCCCCCCACACCUUUAAAAUGAGGAUAAUAAUAUUCACCUGAAUUGCAGUAUGGAUUAAUGAGAUGCAAAGUGUUUUGAUUGCUGUUCAAAUGGUAAGUCCAAUACCUAUGUAUCUUUUUGAAAGCUGCUAUUAUUGUUGUUUAUUAAAUUUAUUGCCUCCCCUUCACCAGCAGGACCCAGAGCGGGUUACAACAAUUGAAAAUUCAGAAUUAAAAACAAUUAGAAACGCAUUGCAUGUACAAGAAUACUAAAAUCCGCCUCUCCGUUGAAGUGUUUGUUUAUAAUGUCUCAAAACUGUUUCCCCCGUGUUGCUCAAAUGCAGUGCUAAGAAAUUGACAGUGAAAACCACAUCAAAAUAAUCUUAUAAAUACAGUUUAUACCCUGGUAACCAGAAAGGAAUGUCGCUAUCCACUUCUAUAACUAUAGGCCUAAACAGGGACAGAAGACAAAGUGAAUCACUUUUAAACCUCUCCCUCUAAAAUAAAUGGGACUUGUUAAAAAUAUUUCAAUUUAUCUGUAUCACAUUCCUAAUUUGUACCUAGAUCCAGAGGCUUGGGUAGAUAAAAUCUUUCACUGAUUAAUCUUCUUACACUGGUGAGGUUGUAUCAGAGUACACCCGCUGCAAUUAACAAAGCCAAGUCAGUCAUGCCCAGUGUUCUAAUCAAGAGAAGUAAUAGUACCACUCUAUUCAUCCUUAAGGGACGUGGGUGGCACUGUGGGUUAAACCACAGAGCCUAGGACUUGCUGGUCAGAAGGUCGGCGGUUUGAAUCCCCGUGACGGGGUGAGCUCCCGUUGCUCGGUCCCUGCUCCUGCCAACCUAGCAGUUCAAAAGCACGUCAGAGUGCAAGUAGAUAAAUAGGUACCGCUCCUGCGGGAAGGUAAACAGUGUUUCUGUGCGCUGCUCUGGUUCUCCAGAAGCGGCUUAGUCAUGCUGGCCACAUGACCCGGAAGCUGUACGCCGGCUCCCUCUGCCAAUAAAGCGAGAUGAGUGCCGCAACCCCAGAGUUGGCCACGACUGGACCUAAUGGUCAGGGGUCCCUUUACCUUUACCUUUAUUCAUCCUUGGUCAGACCACACCUGGAGUGUUGUGUCCAGUUCCAGGUGCCACAGAUUCAGAACAAUAUUGACAAGCAGGAACAUGUGCAGAGGAAGGCGACCAAGAUGAUCAGAGGUCUGGAAACCAUGCCUUAUGAGGAAUGGUUGAAGGAGCUGGGUAUAUUUAGCUGAGAGGAGAUAUGAUAGCCAUCUUCAAAUAUUAGAAGAGCUGUCACAUGGAAGAUGGAGCAAGCCUGCUUUUUCCUGCUCUGGAGGGUAGGACUCGAACCAACGGCUUCAACUUACAAGAAAGGAGAUUCCGACUAACCAUCAGGAAGAACUUUCUGACAGUAAGAGCUGUUUGGCAGUGCAACGGACUCCCUUGGGGUGGUUGUCGACGCUCCUUCCUUGAGGUUUUUAAGCAGAGCUUGGAUGGCCAUCUGUCACGGAUGCUUUAGGUGGGGUUCCUGCAUUAGAGGGGGUUGCGCCAGAUGACCCUUGGAGGUCCCUCCAAACUUUACUACCCUCAGGAAGUCUAGCAUUAGAUCCCUGGAGGCGGGUGGCGCUGUGGUCUAAACCACUGAGCCUCUUGGGCUUGCCGAUCAGAAGGUCGGCGGUUCGAAUCUCCACAACGGGGGGAGCUCCCAUUGCUCGGUCCCAGCUCCUACCAAGCUAGCAGUUCAACAGCACACCAGUGCAAAUAGAUAAAUAGGUACCAUUGUGGUGGGAAGGUAAACAGCAUUAUCGUGUGCUCUAGUUUCUGUCACAGUGUUCUGUUGUGCCAAAAGUGGUUUAGUCCUGCUGGCCACAUGACCCAGAAAGCUGUCUGCGGACAAACGCCGGCUCCCUCGGCCUAAAAGUGAGAUGAGCGCCACAACCCCAUAAAGUGGUACCUCGGGUUAAGAACUUAAUUCGUUCCGGAGGUCCAUUCUUAAUCUGAAACUGUUCUUAACCUGAGGUACCACUUUAGCUAAUGGGGCCUCCCACUGCUGCCACGCCGCCGGAGCAGGAUUUCUGUUCUCAUCCUGAAGCAAAGUUCUUAACCCGAGGUACUAUUUCUAGGUUAGCGGAAUCUGUAACCUGAAGCGUCUGUAACCCGAGGUACCACUGUAGUCACUUUUGACUGGACUUAACCGUCCAGGGGUCCUUUACCUUACCUUAACCUUUUAGAUACAUGGGGCAUUUAAGCCUUCAUGAGGUUUCCUUAAUCACAGUGACCCUUACUUUAGGUUGGACAAACCCAAUUCUGUGCUAUAGUGAGCCUCCCAGAACUGCUGGAAUAGAGAUAGUCAGUUUUCGACCAGAUUGUUGGUGGUGUGGCUGCAUCCCAGAACCCAGAGGCUGGGGUCAGUUCAUAGGAACAUAGGAAAGGAGGUUUGCUGUAUACAAAGUCAGAUUUUUCUUUAAAAAAACCAAGGGGCCUGGAAAUUUUCUAAAUAAAUAAAUUAUGAGUUGGAAGGCACCCCAAGUAUUGUCUAGUGCAACCCCCUACAAUGCAUACAAACCCUCCUCAAUCACACCUCCUCUCCAUGGACCACACCCCUUAAUGACACUGCCUGUGUUCCUAUGGAAGACCCAGUAUGGUCUACUCUGACUGGCAGCUGCUCUCCGGGUAUUCAGAGAGGAGCUUUUCCCAGCCCUGCCUGGAGGCAGCACCUGGAAUCGAAUCUGGGGCCUUCUGCAGGCAAGGCAGUUGUUCUGCCACUGAGCUACCACCCUUCAACUAAAGUUGAUAUAUAUAUAUUGUUUUAAGCGAUAGACUCUCCUUCCAUCCCAGCUUGUUCUCCCACUUUGCAUCUCCUUCCCUCCCUUCUCAGAUGCUCCCCAGCGCCAGGAAGCCUUCUUAGCUUUCACCUCCUCCUGCUGAUGCCUCUCUGGCCCAGGGGGUCUCUUGGCUCAGCGGGAGCACUGCAAGCCUUGGAAUUUUAAAGGCAACCUUAGCAGCCGGCUUAAUAAGCCUUGCUAUUCCAAGCCCUACCCACACCAUGCGUGCAAGAGGCUGAGGCACAGAAAAUAUAAUGAAAACAUAAUGCCUGCGGUGGUUGUGGGAACGCGGGCUUAACUUGAUCGCCUCCAGUGCAUCUGCAUUUCAAAAGCCAUUCCGCUCAAUAAGGAGGCAGGCCCCACAUUUCGGCGGCGCACAACUGGAAUGAUUUCAUGCGCAGAGCAAGCCAUUAUGUUGUUUUCUCUCCUCCCAAAUGCUAACCAGCUUUGGUUUGCAGGAGCGUUUUUCAGACUUUACUUUCCUGGAGCCGUUUCUCAUCUAGAUGUCUGCUAAGCAACCCCUGUAGAAUACCAGUGCGUUGCAAAGGAUUCUGGGAUGUAGAAUCUAGAGCAGGGCCUUUCAUCCUGAGGGCUGCAUUUCCUUCUGCGGGUGGGGAACCUCAGGCGCAGGAGCCAAGUGCGGCCCUCCAGGACCUUUUAACUGGCCCUCGGAACUCUCUGCAGGCCACACCCCUCCUGGGCACUCCAAGUGUAUUUUCCUUGGCUGGAAUGUGGCCUCAAACUCCCAUAAUGCCUCCUGCUUGUCUAGAUGGAGGAUAAGGAAGGAGCUACAGAAACUUUCCUGUCCGCAGCACAAAGGAAAAAUUCACAUUCAUUCUUUCAUCUGCCACUGGCCUGUGGCCCUCAGGACAUUGCCCAGAAGGUUAUAUGGCCCUUGGGUUGGAAAAAAGUUCCUUACUAUUGAAAUUUCCCAAUAGUACUUAGUGCAGGCAACUCCUCACUCGUGUGUGACUGCACACAUGCACAGCAAUGGGAGGUAAAUAAUUCAGACCUGGGAAUGGCGGGAGAGAGAUGGAAAGUCCGCAUGGCUCACGAGGAGACCCUCCCAGAGGACGUCAGUGAGCCAAAAUUCCAAAAAUUUAAAAAGCUUCAAAAACCCAACAACUUAUGGACUCUAAAACGGCAUGUGGGAUCUGUCGCUGUUGCUGCGCUGCUCCACUUGACAGCUGUUUGGCAGGAAGCUGCCUUGUAGAGGGCUCAGGCGUACUGUUCCCUGCCCUUUCUGGUGAUCUGGAGGCAAAGGUACUGUAUAUAAGAAAAGAAAAAGAAGUGUUUAGAGGGUGUCCCCCACUUAAGUUCAUUUUGCUUAUGCGCACGGGGGCCUGGAACGUAAGUUGCUUGUAAUCCAAAAUAUUUUCUUUGCCCUGUUGGGACCGUCAGCUCCUAGCAAAUUGAUAUAUAUUUUUGGCACAUUUUCUUCUUUUUUUAAUAAGUAGAGAGAAGCUUAGUACUUAUGUAACCUUUUCCCCGAAGUGCUCAAAGUACAGUACCAUUAUCCCAAAAUGUUAUAGAUUCUGGCUUGGAAAGCACUUUCAUUCAGGUACAUUCAGGACAGCUUGAAUGAAACACCCCUGUUCAGUUUCCAGGGCUAGAGUACGAUAGCCAUACGAUCCCCAUGGGCACUAAGAGGAGAUUGAUUUGCUUUGUGCAGCUGAGGGGCUCUUUGGUGCAGAGAUACAGAAGGCUUGACAUCCUUAUUGAAAGCUGCGUAAUGCACAGUACGUCAGGGAUGGGCAGAGUGCAUGGCCGUGAUGACUCAGGAGCCCUUAAAAUGUUUUGACUAACGUGUGCAUCUUCUUUGCAGGAUGGUGCCUCCCCCACCCAUUAACAAGCCCCACGUCUGCCUCUCUACCACCCUCAUAAUGAGCAGCAUGGUCCUGAUGGACGCCUACCUGGUAGAGCAGAACCAGGGCUCCCGGAAACUGGGCAUUUGCAUCAUGGUCUCCGUCGGGGACAUCUGCUUCCUGGUUGUGCUCAGAUAUGUGGCCGUCUGGGUCGGGGCCGAGGUGAGGACCGCCAAGCGAGGCUACGCCAUGAUCCUCUGGUUCCUGUACGUCUUUGUGCUGGAGAUCAAGGUCUACUUCAUCUACCAGAACUACAAAGCGGACCGCAAAAGCCUGGACCUCAUGGCGCGCAAAGCUCUGACCCUCCUGCUCUCCAUCUGCAUCCCGGCCCUGUACAUUCUACUGGUGGCCACAGAGCACAUGGAAUACGUCAGGACGUUCAAGAAGAAGGAGGACCUCCGCAACCGGCUCUUCUGGGUCAUUGUGGACAUGUUGGACGUGCUAGACAUCCAGGCCAACCUUUGGGAGCCCCAGAAGAAAGGGCUUCCCAUCUGGGCUGAAGGCCUGAUGUUCUUCUACUGCUACAUCCUACUCUUGGUCCUGCCUUGCGUCUCGCUGUGCGAAAUCAGCAUGCAAGGGAUCAGCAUCGUGCCUCACCGCAUGAUGCUCUACCCGAUGCUGAGCAUGCUCACCAUCAACAUCGCCACCAUCUUCAUCAGGGGGAGCAACAUGGUGUUUUUCAGGGACAUCCGGGUCUCCGGCAUCUUCAUGGGCAAGAAUGUGCUGGCCAUCGCCCUCAAGGUCUGCAUGUUUGCGCAGUACAGGAAGCACCUGCGCCACGCGCCGGCAGGAUCUGGCGCCGCCGCGGCGGACCCCCAGCACAACACCAUGGCCCAGACGCAGCCUGCCAUACACCUGCUGAAACCCCAAAACCAGACUCCCUGUCCCGAAGGGCUGGCCCAGGAGAACACAUGA